GGUGUGGGAGGGCAGAGCAGGGCUAUAAAGGAGCUCAGCCUCUGUAACAGGACUGUUGUGUCCUCAGAUUGGAUCAGAGGAGCGGACUGAAAACAGGAACCAGCACCAGAUUCUCUCACAAGCAGCUGAAGACAUGGACAGCAUGCAGGAGCUGAUCCCAUUUGCCAAAGAGAUGCUGAGACAGAAACCGGGCCGGGGCCUGCUGAAGAUCUACCUGCUGGGCUCUGUGCUGGCGGUUCUGGGAACAGCCAUCAGCCUGGUCCAGACUGUGUGCCGGCCCUUCUCCUCUGGAGAUCCGGUGGACCCAGAAAUGCUGCUCAUGCUGGCCCGGGUGCGGAAUGAGGCUGAAUCUGGGACAAAAAACAGUCUGGAGUGGUUCACAGAGGAAGAGGAGGAGGAGGUGGUGCUGGAUGAAAACCGCUUUGCCAAGACCCAGAUUCUGCACAGCUCCAAAAGCCACACGUUCAGCCCACGAAACCAAAUCAACCGCCUCCAUGCGUCCUAGUAACAGCUGGAUCCUAGCAGGGGACUUUUUAUUGGAGGCUGCCCUUCACAGAUAGUCUGACUGCAGCGCCCCCUUGUGCUGCAGGGCCGUUCCUGCACCUGUGUCAAGGUUUAGGCUUACGUGAUGCUCAGGCAGAGACGGGGCGGAGCCUCAGUUGUGCACUUUGAUGUCCAGCAGGAAAAGAUGUAUGAGAGCAAACCAGAGUCCAGGAAAAGGUUCUAUUAGGACUUUUCCAGUUCUUUCUGCACUGAAGGUUGAGGUCAUCGGUUCUGACUGGAGAACCCUGUUUGCUUUGAAGGAGCCAAAACUGAUUUAGAGUCAGGAGUUCAAGAAAAGCGCUUAAAGGCAGUUUACGUCUGUAUCAGACAAAUAGUACUUUGUGAGAAUGCAAACACUGUGAUUUUUUUAUACCAAUAAAGUUUUUAUAUAUAUUUAA